UCACUUCAUUUCUACCAUACCGUUCCAGAAAAAACCCCAACGAAAAAAAAAGAGUCCAAACCCUAAAGCAAGCACCGGGUACCAAAAUCGCCAUCUCUCCCCAGAACGACAGCCAUGCAGUUCUCUCAGGACGACUUCGACCGCCUCUUGCUCUCCGAGCACAGCCGCAAGACCUGCGAAGCUCACUACGCCAAGAACCCUCAAGACGCCGAGAACUUAGUCAAAUGGGCCGGAGCUCUGCUCGAACUGUCGCAGUUUCAGAGUAUUGCCGACUCCCGGAUCAUGCUUGAUGAUUGUAUUUCGAAGCUGGAGGAGGCUCUGGCGAUCAAUCCUACAAAGCAUGAAGCUCUAUGGUGUCUUGGGAACGCGCAUACAUCUCAUGGAUUCAUGAAUCCUGACUUGGACGAGGCAAGGCCUUAUUUUGAGAAGGCGUCGGAGUAUUUCCAGAGGGCUGCCGAGCAGGAACCUGCCAAUGAGCUUUAUCAGAAGUCCAUAGAAGUCACAGCUAAGGCACCAGAGUUGCAUAUGGAGAUCCAUAAGCAAGGAAUGGCUCAACAAGCACUAGGUGGGGGACCUGCCACUUCCUCAAGUGGAAAGAGUUCCAAGGCUAAGAGGAGCAGUGAUCUCAAGUAUGACAUAUGUGGAUGGAUUAUCCUUGCAGUUGGCAUUUUUGCAUGGGUUGGAGCGAAAUCCAACGUGCCACCACCCCCACCCCCAAGAUAAGCUCUAUAUUUCUGAUGACUAAAGUAACUGUCCCAGUGCAUUUGGUUGAAGGUUAAUAUUUUCUUAAAAAUAUUCAUCUGGUUGAGGUGUAGUAAUUUAAGAAAUCAUGUGGUAUGCUGACUACAUGGUGAUUUUGACCAUAAUAUUUUCUCGGUUGCUAUCUUAAUUAGGAAUAUGAUUUUCUUAUAUGAAUUAUUGUUUGUUCUUUUACGAAUAUUGGAGGGUAUUUGGUUGGUUGGUUUA